AAUUCUGAGUGUGGUGUGGCAACACUUUACGAAAUAUAGUUAAAUUCUUUUAGCUAUCAAUAAAAAAUCUAUAUUGAAAACAAAACAAUGAGCAUGAGCUCAACAAGAUUUGCCCGAUCGGGGCGCGUUCGCAUCUGUAUACUGAUGACCAUGUUUAUAGUGCUGCUAAUGAUGAUUGUCAUUUAUCAUUUAUCGCAACAACAAUUGGAUGAGAGUCGCGCCUUUCAGGAGGGGCUCAGUGUAAAGAUGCAAUCUCUAACUGCGGAAAAGUUGACAGCUGAAAAGAGGGCUAAUCUUUUACGUUCUGAGAAGAUGGGUCUCCAGGAAAAGUAUGAUAACCAACUGUCCGAAGCCAUGCAGAAGCAACAGGAAACACAGGAGAAAUACGAAGGGCAAGUGGAAAAGUUCAAGCUAUUGACCAUCAAGCACGAUGAACUGGAGGCAGAGUUUGUGAAGAGCAAGAAACAGCAUAUAGAAGAUACAAAUGCCUUUGAACAAAAGCUGCAAACCCUGUUGUCGGAACUUCAUAAAGAUAAGACGGCUAAAGAGCAGGUGGUAGCCCAAUGGAAGGAAAAACACGAUAAACUUCGUUUGGAGUCCGAGCAUAAGCUUCAUGCCUUGGAAGUGUCUCUCAAAGAAUACAAGGCCAAUUGUCAUUUCAUACCUAAAGUCCAGCCCGCCGAAGCACCACAUCAACAGCAAUUAAACAAACCUGGCGAACAUUUGGCCACCACUACGCGUACGCAUGCCAAUCCCGGUCAACUGCCGCAUAGUAUAGAGAAACCACAGAAUGAGAAAUCCAAAACAUUUAAUGAGCAAGUACAAGUGAGUGACGGCCUCUACAAGUUUCUUAGCGUCGACGGCGGCCUCGGGGUAAAACUGCUAGCAACUAACCCAACAAUAAGAACAGCAACAAUAACUACUACUACUACUAACCUUCCAAAGGAGCAGCUGAUGCCCCUCAUGCGCCAGAAUAAUAGUCUGAUAUUAAAUUCUGUUGAAAAUUUUCAGAUUAUCCCCAAACCGCAACAACCUCAGCCUCAACAAGAAGAGCCCCAACUAGCCUCCGCUGGCAAUAUCUCGCCCUUGGGUCCACCACACAAAAUUAGCACCAGCGCAAGCUCAGUUGGUGCUGCUAAGCAACAGGAUGCGGGUCCAAAUGCUUCAGUUGCUCCUAAGCCCAGCAUAAGUAGUAGCGGCUUGCCUCCUUUGGCUCUGCCACCAGCUAAGCCAGCAGAGCGCAAACUACCUGAAAAUGUGGCCCCCAUUCCCGACAAUUUCGAAAACAAGGGCGAGGAUACAGCCGCGGAAGAGCUGCCCAAAAAUGAAGCCAACAAUCGUUAUGCUAAUGUGGUAAACGAUCUGGAAACCAAGCCAAAACCAAAUGAGGAUUCAGGUGCCCAUGAGGUGAAAGAUGCUCUAAAUGAGCCAAACUUUAAUUUGCCAGCUGCAGUAGGAGGGGCUGAGCAGCAUUUUUUUGAUGGUGACUUACCAGCUCCGCGACCAGGCGGUCAGGGUGAAGCUGGCCCCGAAGAGGGACCUAAGCCAAAUGGUGAGCAGGCGUUGGCAGGUGGUCCAGGUGCCGGUGGCGGCGGUGUAGGUGAAGAUGAUGACGAUAUGAAUGAUGUGGCUGUGAAGCAGCCUCAACAUUUACUCGAUGAAAAUCUAAAUAAUGAAAUUGCCGCCGAUCAGGGUAAAGAAUUUCCAGAAGGCCUACAUAUCGACGAUGGCAUGGAAGAGGAUCAAGAUGAGGAUGACUAUUCCAAUGCGGCGCUUCGCAAACAAGGCGCCGAAGCCAUUAGACAUUAGGUAUGCUCUCUAAAAUCCUUUUAGCAUUAAUGCAACAAGAAGAUAUAAGUUAUAAAUCGUCCACCACCAUCCUCUCAUAUACGAACAAACUGUGUCUCAAUCGAUGGCAUUAAUUUAGCUAAUUAGUUACUAAGUACAAGUUAUCGAAAAUCAUUCAAUUCGCAAAAAAAAAACAUUUUCUAUUACAUGUACUUGAAACUUUAAGUUUUUCUUCUCUUUUUUUUGUAAGAAACAAAGAUGAUUACAGAUUUUUUAAUUGAAGAAUUGUAACUUAGGAAGUCUGAAAGUUUAUUUAUAAAUUAUUAUUAUUAUAUAUAUUAGAAUAAUGAAAAACAAUACCAGUUCUGCUAAACUUCUUUUCAAAGAAAACGUUUGUUAUACAUUUCCUACAUUGAAAUUUAUAUUGGGUUUGCAUAUUCCAUUGAAAAAUGUCACAUAUAAUAUUUUUCCGACAAAGGAAACCCUAAUUUUUCUAUAUCUACAAAAAAAAGUUCUCAUUAUGUCUCCUGUUGCGAUUGAAUUUUCUACACCCAUUUAUUUAUUUGCAUCUGCAAACAUUAAACCGACUAUAGUAUAGGUAUAUAGAAGGUUUAAUGUAUAUAUCUUUUAAACUGAAAAACAUUUGAUUAAUAAUCUUAUUUAAACAUAUUCAGCAAAAAACUAGUUCAAAUGAUCAGAAACUAAUUUGACUUUAAUUAUUAAUGCGAGAAUUCUUGAGCAGCGGAUCUCUGUUUAGAAUUCGGAAUAUAUAGUUAAUCUCUUGCAUAAAAAAUGUCGACUUUCUUUUCUGUGAUAAAACAAAAAGCAAAAUGAAUAAUUAUUUUUGCAUUUUUAAUCUUUUGAAUUGAAGGGUUAAUAUAUAAAAAUUAUGUUGUAUACUCAUUUCACGAUAGAAUUGUUUAAGAAACACACAGAAAUUAAUUUUUUUAUUCAAUAAACCAUAAUUAAAUUA